AUGGGCUGGUGGCCGUUCUCGUCUGCCGCGGAAGAGCCGCCUCUGCCCACGCGCCAAGACCGCCAGGCGUGCUGGGACGCCCGCGACGCCUACUACGCGUGUCUGGACUCGGCGGGCGUGGUGCGGCCGGGAAGCGAGGGCCCGAAGGUGUGCAGGGCGGAGAACCGGGUGUAUGAAAGGAGUUGUGCGCAGAGCUGGGUGAGCGUUUACCAGCCGUUUUGGGGCGGACGGCUGGCUGAUCACGGAAUUUGGCAGGUCAAGUAUUUCAAUGAGCGGCGCAGACUAGCGUUUGCCCAGAAGGACAUGAUUGCGCAGGCCAACGCCCAGAAUGCAGCGGCAGCUGCCAGCGGUAGCGCUAAGAGGUGA